GCUCGAGUUCGAUGGGAGAGAAAAUUUUUUGCCCACUACCACCAAGUCAUCCAGAACAUGGAGGAGAUAACGUUUGUCUUACGAUGAACUUGGUGGUUCUAGAAGAUUACUGUUUCUGAUCUAUUUAUCGAUUUUCUUUGGAGAGAGGGUUUUCCGCGGACAGCAGCCAUGAUACGCAGAAAAAGCAGUGAGCCGGAAAGUAGCAGCAGCGCCGCCACUGGACAUAAGAAGAAGGAAGGAGAAGGACUAGACACGUGGAUGGGGGGAUUGCACUAUCAGCGCGGGGUGCUACAACGGGAGCCGUUGAGACGGUGGGAUGAAUUAGAGGUUUGGCAGCAGGAUGAUAAUCAGUUCAUCGAGACUGGGUAUCGAUCGGCGUCCGGAUCGCUCUCUGCUUGCUUUUAUAGCUGGAAAUACCUCCACAAUGAAUCUGUAAACAUCUACUCCCAUCUCAUUGGAGCUGCCAUCUUUUUCAUUCUUCCUGCGUAUCUCUUCAGGAAAGAGAUACCUCUGCGUUAUGCUGUUGCUACUGCGGCUGAUAUAAUUGUCUUUUCGGCGUACUUUUUCGGUGGCGCGAUAUGCUUCUGUUUGUCUGCGACAUACCACACUCUAUUGAGCCAUUCCAAGAGCGUGGAGAGGUUCGGGGCCCAGCUUGAUUUCCAAGGCGUGAUUCUCCUGAUGUGGAGUGCAACGAUCCCGCUGCUGUUCUACGGGUUUCAUUGCGAUGUAGACUUGCGGAAUGCGUAUUGGACACUGCUUUCUGUGUUGGCAGUAAUUUGCUCGAUAUCAACAUUCCAGCCGCACUUUCGUGGCCCUUAUCUGAGAUUCGUGAGAGCUGGAACAUUCGGUAGCCUUGCUAUCUUCACUAUGGUUCCUGUUUUCCACGGAACGUUCAAAUAUGGAUGGGCUGUGCAAAAUCAACAAAUGGGAGUGAGUUGGGUGAUCACUACACUUGUAGUGGACAUCCUCGGUGCUACAGCAUAUGCUCUAAAGAUACCAGAGAGAUGGUGGAGGAAAACAUUUGACAUCUGGGGGGCGAGUCAUCAGAUAUUCCACGUAAUGGUAAUCGUGGCAGCCCUCACAUAUACGAAAGCCCUUCUUCAAGCUUUCGAUUAUGUUCAUGCCGAUGGCAAGUCAUGCUCGACAGCAUAGCAUGAUAUGGAUAUGGUGUUUCGUAACCGUGCCACUUGACGUCCUCAAACUUGCGUGUGUUGACGCAAAGCUUUUUGUAUGAUUACAAGGACGGCUCAGCUGUACCAUAAUAAUAGAUGAUUAAGUUUCAAGCAAAUAGAAGUAAUGCGUGGCUCAGCCUCAUCGCUACCGAAGGUGUGGAGAUCUUGGAG